GGGAUCGAUCUCCUGAAAUUCCCUGGAAACAAUACCAGUCGCAUCCUGAUUGUUUUUUAGUAUUUGAAGAGUCACUAUAGCCACGAAAAUGGCCAUGUCGUCCAGCGCCAAGCUGUCCAAGGUUGUUAAGCAGCAGUAUAUGGACCUGCCUCAAGGAGAUAAGGUCCAAGCCAUGUACAUCUGGAUUGAUGGCACAGGAGAAGGACUGAGGUGCAAAACCAGAACUUUGGACUCUGAACCCAAAACCAUCGAGGAUCUCCCCGAGUGGAACUUUGAUGGCUCCAGCACCUAUCAGUCUGAAGGCUCCAACAGUGACAUGUACCUGAUCCCUUGUGCCAUGUUCAGGGACCCAUUCAGAAAGGACCCCAACAAGCUGGUCUUGUGUGAGGUUCUUAAAUACAACCGUAAACCAGCAGAAACCAACUUCCGUAAGACAUGCAGGAAGAUCAUGGACAUGGUAGAAAACCAGCAUCCGUGGUUUGGCAUGGAACAAGAAUACACAUUACUGGGAACAGAUGGACACCCCUUUGGGUGGCCUUCAAAUGGUUUCCCAGGUCCCCAAGGUCCUUAUUACUGUGGUGUUGGAGCAGACAAGGCAUAUGGUCGGGAUGUUGUUGAGGCCCAUUACAGAGCCUGUCUGUACGCUGGAGUUAAAAUCUGUGGCACUAAUGCUGAAGUCAUGCCUGCUCAGUGGGAAUUCCAGGUAGGUCCUUGUGAAGGCAUCGACAUGGGAGACCAUUUAUGGGUGGCCCGGUUCAUCUUGCACAGGGUUUGUGAAGACUUUGGCGUUGUGGUCUCCUUUGACCCCAAGCCCAUCCCAGGGAACUGGAAUGGAGCAGGCUGUCACACCAACUUCAGCACAAAAGCAAUGCGUGAAGAGAACGGACUUCAGCACAUUGAGGAGGCCAUUGAUAAGUUGGGCCGGAGACAUCAGUACCACAUUCGUGCCUACGAUCCCAAAGGGGGGCUAGACAAUGCUAGACGUCUGACCGGCCACCACGAAACCUCCAACAUCAACGAGUUCUCUGCCGGUGUGGCAAACCGUGGCGCCAGCAUCCGCAUCCCACGUUCAGUGGGUCAAGACAAGAAGGGCUACUUUGAGGAUCGCCGACCCUCAGCCAACUGCGACCCCUAUGCUGUUACAGAAGCUUUGAUCCGUACCUGUUUGCUCAGUGAAGAGGGAGAUGCGCCAGUAGAAUACAAGUGAACAAUUGGACUGACCCUUCCUCCUCCCUCCUCUUCUCCACUAGUUUAAGCUUUCAGGGAUAGAAGGGUCUCCUGUAUUUUUAGUAUUGUACUGUCUGUGGCUUUACUGAAGCCUUGUGUCUUGUAUUUUAAGUUGACUGGUCAAUCAGAUACAAGAGAGCACCGUAUGAAUCUGUUUGAAAACUUAGAGAAAUAGGAAGGAUGUUGGAUCGUUUUAGAAAUCCAAACGGGGACGUAUGCAGGCUUGCCUUGCCGUAC